AAGCACUAGCUGUCUCGCACUCGCUCUUCUUCCUCCAAACCCCAAACCCUCGUCGCUUUCCCCACCUGCGGCGGCGGCGGCGGCGGCACGGCCAUGGCCUUCCGGCUCCAGGCACGGCCAGGCUUCAGGGACCGCAGCAUCCAGGGCCUAGCUCACCGCGGAGGCAGGGACCCACAGGAGCUGGAAGCGCUUUUCGGCCGCGUGCUCUCCUACAUCCACCAUGCGCUCCCUACCCCGCCCGUCUCCGUCGACGGUGACCUCUGCAUCCUCUUCGACGCCGACGGUGGGGGUGUCGACCGCCUCAGCCGCCUCCCCGACAAGCUCCUAUGCGACAUCGUCUCUCGCCUCCCCAUCAAGGAAGCCGCGCGCACGGCGGUGCUCUCCCGCCGUUGGAGCCCCAUCUGGCGCGCCGCCCCGCUCGUCCUCGUCGACACUCACCUCCUCCCGGCCGGCGACGACGAGAUCCCCAUCGACCUCGACCACGCCCACUCUGACGCCGUGGCCGCCGCGGUCUCCCGCAUCCUGGUCGCGCACCCGGGCCCGUUCCGCUGCGUCCGCAUCACCUGCUGCUACAUGGAGGAGGACCGCGCCCGGGUCGAACGCUGGCUCAAGCUCCUCGCUUCCAAGGGCGUCCAGGAGCUCUUCCUCAUCAACCGCCCGUUUCCGCUCACCAUCGACAAGCAUCUCCCCGCCACCUUCUUCAGCAUGACCACGCUCACCCGCCUCUACCUCGGCUUCUGGAGGUUCCCGGACACGACCACCCUGCCACGGAGCGCCGCCUUCCCCUGCCUCCGCGAGCUCGGCCUCUGCGGCACCGUCAUGGACAGCCACGACAUGGACUUCGUCCUCGCCAGGAGCCCCGUGCUGGAGAUCCUCAACAUUGAGGGCCACCUGCUGCCACCGCUGCGUCUCCGCAUCAUCAGCCGCAGUCUCCGGUGCGUGCAGAUCAACGGGUCCAGAGUGGACAGCAUCACAGUGGUAGACGCCCAGCGCCUCGAGCGGAUCCUCCUGGGGUAUGGGAGAAAUGAGGAUUCGUGCUUCAAGAUCAAGAUUACACAUGCCCCAGCUCUGCGCAUGUUUGGAAAAAUUGAGCUGGCAAAGGACGAGCUGCAGGUCGGCAACACCAUCAUCAAGGCUGGGACAAUGGUGAACCCAAGUGUCAUGUUGUCAGCUGUCACGAUCCUGGACCUCCAUGUCCGUUUUGGGGUCCGCAAUGAUUCCAAGAUGCUGCCCACAAUCCUCAGAUGUUUUCCCAACAUCGAGACGCUGCAUAUCCAUUCCAAGAAAACUACUGAAUCCACUGGCAGGCUCAGCAACAAGUUCUGGAAGGAGUCUGGUGCCAUCAAAUGCGUCAUGUCGAGCAUUAACAUGCUGCAAGUCCAUGAUUUCCGAGGGGAGCGGAGUGAGCUUGCCUUCCUCAAGUUCUUUAUUGAGAGUGCACAGAUGCUGAAUGUGCUUGUGGUUGUGUAUGCCAAUGGGUUCUUCAGUUCAAGGGGUGAGGCCAAUUCCAAAGUGAAGGCUCUGUUUGCUGGGAGAAAGGCCACACAAAGCUGUAAAGUGGUGGUCUGUGAGAGUAGGUUUUCUGAAGGUGGUAGCCGUUGGGACUUCGAACAAGGCUCUGAUUUCUCUUUUGAUGAUCCUUUCGGAAUCAUCGGGUGUAGUUCCUUUGGAGUUAGUCAGUGGUUUGUUUAAGUAUUCAGAUGCAGGUAUUGUUCUGGGUCGUUUGAGUUUCUUUGCCUUUUUCCUUAAGAACCUUAAGCCAGUCUCUUACUAGCAAUUCAAGACCAUGAGCCUUUGUCUUGAGGUUGCUAGUAAUAUCAUCCACGCAAAAGACUAGUGCUACAUGAAUAAAUGCUGCUUUCUGGAUGUCAUCCCUAUCUUCUA